AUGAGGAUUGUCCGCUCGGAGAUGCUGCGGCUGCUCCUGACUCCGCUGCCCAUGUGCCGGACACCAGUGGCUGCUUCAUCCCUCAGGCCAAAGCACGUUCUGUCACCUGGAUGCACAGACCAGGGCUGGUCCAGACAGAAGCAGAGGGGUGGGCGCGCUGAGGGGAGCAGGGUCCCGCCCGUUUGUCUGUCUCUCCUCACUCUGUCCAAGUACACCUCCUCCUGA